AUGGAUACCAAACUUUAUGGCAAAAUUGCCCCUAUGAACACGUUAGUCAAAGAUAAUUUUGAGGCUCUACUAAUUCCAUUCCCCACAUCUCACCCUUAUAUCAUCUCCUUUAAUCAGGGAAACAAGAUUUUUGGGGAUGUAGCUCAAAUGGUAGAGCGCUCGCUUUGCAUGCGAGAGGGAUGGGAGUGCGGCCGGAACCGCUGCCAAAGCCGUCACGGACUCAUAGCCCCCUUUAAGCCCUUCCUCGCAUUUGUUUCAGGGUCCUUUCUGGGAUUGGGAUGUUCAGGUUUGGAUUUAUUCAAGGGUAGUAAAGACAAA